AACUGCUGAACAGUGUCAGAUAAAUCAGACGCUCCGGUUGUCCUGCGUCACUCUCUUUCAAGACAUUCAGCAAAUCCUUCAGCAGAUAAAAUGGAGAACGGUAAAGAACCUCCACCAGAUACUGCAGUUACUCCAGAUAUCCAAGCGACACCAUCUCCUAGUGCUCCUUUGUACCACAAUAUGGUCAAUCAGCCUGUAUCCCAGCCUGCUGCUCAGCAACAUCUCCAACCUGGCAAUACAGCAUAUCCUGGUCUCCCUUUGGACCAAAAUGUGGUCAUCAAUCCGCAGGCACCCCAGCCUGAGGCUGAGGACUAUGAGCAGCCCGUGCCCCAGCCUGUUGCUGAGCAACGUCCCCAGCCUGCUCAAGUUAUACAAGGUGCCAGACAACAAAAACAAAAAGGCCGGCCAGGAGACCACGUGCUCGUGAUGCAACCGAUGCCGACAGACACUCCUGGAACUAUGAAAUGUCCACAUUGCCAGAACACUGUUGUGACCUCAACCAAAUACAAAGUGGGCACGUGCACCUGGAUAGUUGCUGGAGUGCUGUGUCUUACUUUGUGCUGGCUUUGUUGUUGUAUUCCCUUCUGUGUGCCGUCUUGCCAGGAUGUGGAACAUUCCUGCCCCUCAUGCCAGAAUGUUCUGCACGUCUACAAACGCAGGUGAAACAUAAUAUUGAAUCCUGCAGUGACUGAAGUGUCUGCUGAACCUCUGUUACGGUGGACUGUGAAUACAAUUUCCGAAGUUUCCGAAAUGUCUUUUAUCAAGUCAUGAAAUGUGACACCAUCUGUAAAUUGACAUCUCUCUGUUUUUGACUCGAAUAUGAAUCUUAUUGAAUGUGAAGGACUAUUUGCACACUUUGAGCCUCUCAUCAAGUGCUGUUGUUGCAACAAAAAAAAAAAAAAGUUGUGCUGUCAAAAGACUCUCCCUUGUUAUGUCUGCAUCUUAUGCAUAAUUGAUGUGGAUUCUAAGUCAAUGUCUCACAAAAAUUUCAUUAAGGUACUACAUUGUGAAGAUAAAGAUUCUUGAUUCUUGUGCUGCUUUACUUUGAAUCAUAUUUCAUUGUUUAAGGAAUUGACUGUAUAUCUGUAUAAAUAUAAAAAUAUACUGUAUAUCUGUAUAAAAUGUAGAAAAUUAUUUUAUUUAGGCCUUAGGUUCUAAGAUCACUUCUGACCAAGCUCCUGUAAACAGCUCUGGUAGCAGCUUAGCUGCAGAGGGGCUCUGCUACCUCUUCCCUUAUUCUUCAAGUUCAUUGCUUGCAUUCUGUGUAUGUGAGAAUCAAUGUUUGGAUUAUGUGCUGGAGCCUGAUUGAGGAAAGUGUAAGAUUGUGCGGGAAACAGAUUCUGAGGAUAACAGAGCUGGGACAAGCAGGAAUUCAGGCUGCAGCCAAGCUGGGGGUGUGAUUACUUUAUCUCUGCUCCGUUUCUUAAUCGAGUGCUGGAAUUUGUUUGAAUUGUUGUUUCCUUUCAUUUAAUAAGUAACUCUGGGAUCAGUUAUCAUUGUUUCCCACAACAACAUCUGAGUGCAACUAAUAAUUUUUCUUUCCAUUAAAUCUUUAAGCAAAGCAUUGCUCAAUAUUAAGUGGCUUCCACACUGAUAAUUUACUGCUUUUGUUAAAAUAUGCCUUAUUUUGACCUCAACAAAUGUCGACAUGAAGAAAAUGUAACAUUUUUGGAACAUGAAUCAACGUGUUAAAACAGA